UCGGCGAGCGGCUUGCUGUGUGGUGGGUAGGGCCCCGGACCUGGGCCCCCCUCUUUUUCUAUCUAUGGUUUUCACAGCUGAGAUCACACAUUUCAGUGGGAAUAGCGAAUUUAAUCUAUCAUCGAUCGUAUUGCUCUUUUAAUUGAGCUCAACUGUUUGUUAUUGACCAGAUUUAAAGGGCCACUGCAUUCGGGUGUGUUCAUAACUGGGAGUUCCUCUUUUUUACGCGUCUCUUUUGGAGCCUGUAAUGGAAUGACUGACUGCAAACCAUGAACAAAAUGGAGAACAAGACUCUAGAGUGCAGCUUUGAAGAAAAACUGACGCUGACAGAUAAAGUUCUCACAUCUCCUCCAGGGACAAGCGGCACGCUUCAGAAAGAGAAUGAAUUGGACAGUGAGAUCCUGAAAGCUGACGACACAACAGUCACAGACUCUUCCCUCAUAACAGACCCUCCCUCAAAAACAAAACCAAUCAAAUCAGACCCGAGACCCAGCACACCUGGAUCCAUCCCCAACCCACUGGCAAAAAAAGAUGGGAUGAGUUCAGAGCAACGGCAGAAACAGGCCAAAAAGAGGCGAGAGGAACGGGCCAAAUAUUUGGCGGCCAAGAAAGCUCAGUGGUUGGAGAAGGAGGAGAAGGCACAGCGUUUGCGCGAGAGCCAGUUGGAGGAGCGCAGAAGGAAGUUAGAGGAACAGCGACUGAAGGCGGAGAAACGAAGAGCUCUACUGGAGGAAAAACAGAGACAGAAACUAGAGAAGAAUAAGGAGAGGUACAAAUCCGCCAUAAAGAGGUCAACCAAAAAAACGUGGGCUGAGAUCCGUCAGCAGAGGUGGUCAUGGGCUGGCGGCUUGAACCAGACCUCCCGCAGAGAGAGCAGAUGCUCGGCCUCCACGGUCAACCUGCCGCGGCAGACGGAGCCUGUGAUUAACAACAGGCUGUCCAAGUCCUCGGCCACGCUCUGGAACUCGCCCUGCAGAACCCGCAGUUUGCGUCUGAGCCCGUGGGAGAGCCGCAUCGUAGAGAGGUUGAUGACACCCACCCUUUCCUUUCUGGCUCGCAGCCGGAGCGUCGCAACACUCCAGAACAGCAGCGACCCCCAUCAGUGUUCCCGCUCUGCAUCCGUAUCUCCUCUGACGCCCUGCUCCCAUCAUCAUCCUCACCAGCACAGUGCUGAACGCUGGAGGGUCUCAGCCAGCACACCUGAUAUCACACAACGCCAGCUGAGACGCAACUCUACACCGUCUGAGAAGAAGAAGAAAGAAAAGAAAGACAAAGAACGAGAGAAUGAAAAGGAGAAAAGCGCUCUGUCUAAAGAAAAAGUGGAGAAGAAGAGACAGUCCCAAUCCAUAACCAGAACGAAAACAGAAGCCAGCCCAAAUAUCAAAGCUAAAAACAGAGCUUCAUCACCUGUGACGCCCAGGAGUCGCCCUCUCUCCCCCAAUCCAGCGGUGUCCCCCAAACCACCCUCAUCUUUAGGCCGGACUCCUCCUGGCACCAAGACCCGGCCUAAACGGGCUCAGACUCCCGUCCGCGUGCAGCCCCCCGCCGUUGCUGCUGUUGCCGUGGAAACCAAGGAGCCCCGUCAGGCUGACCCUCCCAAGGACACAAAGACUGCCCUCAGUGUUCCUGACAUCACCGUCUCGUCUGCUCCGGCCACGCCCCUCACUCCCUCUGCACCAAUCACUGCAGCUCCUCAGACACCAGAGGCAGCCAAUGUGGCAGCCACAACUUCCCGAUCACUCUCUCCUGAGCCCGGCCCUCCGAUUGCCAAGCCCUCAGCUGGGACCAGUGAUCCCGAGGAGGCAGCCCGUGUGCUAGCAGAGAAGAGACGUCAGGCCCGUGAGCAGAGAGAGAGGGAUGAGCAGGAGAGACGAGAACAGGAGCAGAAGAGCAGAGCACUGCGUGAGGAGCACGCCAGACGUGAGGAGGAGGAGAGGAGGCACAGGGAAGAGGAGGUGCGCUUCAUGGCAGAGCAGCAGCGUCUGCAGGAGGAGAGGGAGGCGCAGGAGAGAGCACGAGCCGAGCAGGAGGAAAACCUGCGUCUGCAGAGACAGCGAGAGGAGGCCGAUUCCAAAGCCCGAGAGGAAGCAGAGAGACAGAGGACAGAAAGAGAGAAACACUUCCAGAAGGAGGAACAGGAGCGUCUGGAGAGAAAGAAGCGUCUGGAAGAAAUCAUGAAAAGGACUCGUAAGAGUGAUGCAGGAGGACAGAAAGACGUUAAGACUCCAGCUCAAGUGAACGGCAGAGUCUCUGACAGCGUAAUUCAGAAAAAUCCUUCAGAAACUCUUCAUAGUGGUGCGACAAAUUUUAACCAAUCACAAGGAGACGUGAAAACGAGCUCUGUGUCCUGGGACGCGGCACCCAUCAUUAAUGGCGUUCAGUGGGCAGGGCCAACCUGCUGA